AUGGAGCCCGGAACCAAAAGUGUAGCGAUCACACCAAUCAUUUAUUUGGUAACUAUUCCGAAGUCUAUUAUUUGCUUCCAAAAACGGUUAAUUUUUCAGUUUCUCGCACUUUUUCCCACGUCAAGUUCCGGUUAUGCGCUCUACAGUGAGGUUGAAGCGGAAAAAUUUCUAAAUUUAGCUGCAGCCGCGUACGCAGACUCCAGUUUGUACCAUUUAAAACAUUUUCCGCAGUGUAGUUCAAUUUUUCAAAGGUAACGUAACCGCUCGUCAGUCGUGUAUAGAUGUAUCGUUUCCCACUGACCAAUUCCAUGUUUUAAUGGUUAUGUCGACGCCGUGCGAUAAGGUGAGUCAGCCUCACACAUUUUUCUGUGACUUUUGUGUUCAUCAUAUUUUAAGAACAAAAUUUCAGCGCGGAAAUCAGUGUCAGGCAUUUGUGGCGAUUUCCGAUUAUAACAAUCAAGUAAUCAUAUCGUUUCGAGGUACUAAUAGUGGUGGACAGCUGCUUUCGGAGUUUGGCGACGGUUUAGAAGAUUAUGUUUCAUAUACAGAAGUUGGUAAGUUGACUUUUCUUUUAAGACAAACUGAAAAAGAGCAUUUCAGACGGGUCAGGAAACACUGUUGCUGUUGGACAUGUGAAUGUGUAUUUUUUGAACGCAAUGAGUCAAAUGUGGGAAGAUAUGGUGCAGCCAAGCAUCAAAAAGUUAGUUUUAACACUCAUCAAUGCUGUAACGUAAUUCAAAAAUAGAUUCCAAUAAGAUGAAGUACAUACUAUUCUCAUAAAAUUUGUCUUAAUUCCGCACAUAUCCUGUAAAAAACCUCUAAAAUUGUUCCAGCCGACUAAACUACACAUUUCUCGUGACUGGGCAUUCUCUUGGCGGCGCAAUGGCGACGUUAACAGCGUUCCGUUUAGCAUUCCGUCAAUUCUCAAGCAAGGUAAUAAAAUCCGUCCCUAUUUGUUUAUCUAACCGCAUAGAACUGUCUUUUUUUUUGAGAUCAAAGUUUACACGUUCGGAGAGCCAAGAGUUGGAGAUAUAAUAUUUGCUAGUUAUUUCACGGUACGCUCUAACAAAAAGCCGAGGCCAAUCACAAAUCACGAUUGACGUUCCAGGACAUGGUCCCAUACGCAUUCCGAGUAGUUCACAAUACCGAUCCGAUUCCACAUCUUCCUCCACUCAAUGUUGACCAUGAAACAGCUCCGGGCAAUCCAUAUCAUCAUCCCAGAGAAAUUUGGUAAGGUUUUCAUGCAAGACGGAGUGAAAUAUUUGGGUUUUUCCAGGUACAAUGACGACUUUUCGGACUUUGUGUUGUGCAGUGCCGUUGUUGGAGAAGAUUGGGGGUGCAGUGAUAAGAAACGGUUCUGGAAUUAUGGCAGUAAGGUAGGAUGGUGUUCAUUCUUAACUUUUCAAUGCCAUUUUUGAACUUUAUUGUGAUUAUUCGUAACCAUGACGUUUCGCAACUGUUUGAAUCUAACAUAACAUCCGAGACUUUUAAAAGAUGUUUCGAACUGUCCGGUUGCGAAACGCCUGGUUUCAAAUUGUUCUGUAUCUGGAACGCAAAUUUAUCUUGUUCAUUUUUCAAAAAGAAAACCAUUCAAGAUUUCUUAUAGUGAUACUAUAAAUAAAUUUCUAUUCGGCACCUCCCUCUCCUUUUUCAAUUCCAAAAAAUACAUUUGCAGGGCGCCUACCGACACACACAUUACUUCAAUCACUUUGUUUCCGAAUUCGGCUCGAUGGGAUGCAAUUCCUCCUCGUCACACGCUUCCUUCAUUUUUUUGAUGACCAUAUUCGCUGUCAUGUCACUGGUCUUUUAA